UGGAGUUUCAGAGGUGAUACAGGAACAGCAAGACGCGCUCCCCCCUGGUUUGGAGGGAUAAAGAAAAAAGAAAAAAAGGAGGGAGAGCCGAAAAUAAAGUCCGAGUCUACGUCAAAGCCGAGGACGCUGCGUUAUCAGAGAGCAACGGAGGCUGAAGAGAGACAAGUACAAAGGAGAGUCGAGCCGCCGAGUCCAAGUUAUUCCUGCGCCUCGCUCCAAAGGCUGCGCUGAUGGCAUCCGUACUUGGAAACAACAGCCGCGCGUCGGGGGCUCAGAGCGGCCAGGUCAAAUGCAAGCUGAAGAGGAGACGGAGGAGGCGAUCGAAGAGAAAAGAGAAAGUCAGUAUGCUGUCAGCAUUGAUCGCUCCUUUCAAGUACAUAAGCCCUGGGACCAGCAGCACAGAGGACGAGGACAGUUUAAGUACAAGCAGUGCAGAGGUAAAGGAAAACCGUAAUAUUGGUAACUUAGAGGAUCGAUCCAUAGGAUCUGCAGAGUGCCAGUCGCUUUUCUGCUCCGACUCUGCAAGAAGUGGGAGCUCUGGUCUGAAGAGGAAACGACCACUGGAGGAAGACAACAACGGGCACUUGUGUCAACUCCGCCUGAUCUAUAAGAAACUGUCCUGGUCUGAGGCACCAAAGAAUGCUUUGGUGCAACUCAAUGAGCUCCGGCCGGGCCUCCAGUACCGCAUGGUUUCUCAGACAGGCCCGGUCCACGCUCCUGUCUUCUCCAUCGCUGUGGAGGUGAAUGGGCUGACCUUCGAGGGCACAGGACCUACAAAGAAGAAAGCUAAGAUGAGGGCUGCCGAGCUGGCCCUCAAAUCCUUCAUCCAGUUCCCCAAUGCUCCUCAGGCCCACUUGGCCAUGGGAAACAUCUCAAACCCUUCGGCUGACUUCACCUCAGAUCAGGCCGAUUUCCCUGACACUCUCUUCAAGGAAUUUGAGUCUUCGCCGUGCUCCGGUGGCCUCUCGCUCUGCAACUCAGCAGCAGAAAGCGAGCUACUAUCGAGUGAGCUACUGAGACAUGGACGGUUGCUUCGCCAUACCUUGGACCUAAUGGUGCAGGCUCAACAGAGGUUGGGUGGUAUUGUUCCAGAGCCAGAGGCCGCCAAGAGUCCUGUGGCAUUGCUCAAUGAGCUCCGGCCGGGCCUGCGCUAUGCCUGCCUUUCGGAGCGAGCUGAAGGCCGACGGCUGCGCAGCUUUGUGAUGGCAGUGCGCGUGGACGGGCGGAUAUUUGAGGGCUGCGGUCGCAGCAAGAAGCUGGCCAAGAACCAAGCGGCCCAGUGUGCGCUUCAGGCCCUCUUCAACAUCAGGACAGCCCCUGAGGGAAGGACAGGCCUCAAAGCCAGCAGGAAGAGUUGUCCUCAUUUACCCCAGGACUUUGCCGAUUCAAUAUUCCACUUGGUGAGGGAGAAGUACCGGUCGCUGGUGGGCGGCUGCAGUCCUGCGCACGCUCGACACAAAUCCCUGGCAGGCAUCGUAAUGACCCGAGGUCUGGACCUGAGGCACGCCCAGGUGGUGGCGUUAUCCACGGGCACCAAGUGUAUCAACGGGGAGUAUCUGAGUGACCAGGGACAAGUGGUCAAUGACUGUCACGCUGAAGUCACGGCCCGCAGAGCCCUGCUACGCUUCCUCUACUCUCAACUUGAACUCUUCUUGAGUAAAAGGCCAGAGGACUGGGAGGAGUCAAUAUUUGUGCGGCACAAGGAGUGUGGCUACAGGUUGAGAGACAACGUUCAUUUCCACAUGUACAUCAGCACUUCGCCGUGUGGGGACGGAAGGCUCAACUCACCGUAUGAAAUCACAACUGACCUACACAGCAGCAGACACCUCAUGAGAAAGCACCGCAGCCACCUGCGGACCAAGAUCGAGUCUGGCGAGGGGACGGUACCAGUGCGAGGCCGGGGGUCCGUCCAGACGUGGGACGGCGUCUUACAGGGCGAGCAGCUCAUCACCAUGUCCUGCACGGACAAGAUCACCAGAUGGAACAUCCUGGGCCUACAGGGGGCGUUGCUGAGUCACUUUGUGGAGCCGGUGUACCUGCACAGCGUGACCGUCGGCAGCCUUCGCCACACGGGCCAUCUGGGCAGAGUUCUGAACCAGCGGCUAGAGCGCCUGGGCCCACUGCCCGCCACGCACAGACGCAACCAGCCCCUGCUCAGUGGGCUGAGCAGUGCCGAGUAUCAGCAGCCGGGGAAGGCCUCGUGCGUCAGUGUCAACUGGACGCUGGGUGACACACAGUUGGAGGUGGUCAACACGGCCACCGGACGGAGACGGGAAUCAGGGACACCCUCACGUCUCUGCAAGCACGCCCUGUUCACCCGCUGGAACAGACUGUACCGCAAGUUGGGGAUCCACGUGUCCAGCUCGGCGGACCGCCAGCUCAUGUACUGCGAGGCCAAGAUGGCGGCGCGUCCUUACCAGACAGUGAAGCAGCAGUGGUUCAGAUCUCUGCAGGAAACGGGUCUCGGUACCUGGGUCAAGAAACCGCCCGAGCAGGAACAGUUCCUGCUGACGGUCUGAGGAAGUGUGUGUGUGUGUGUGAGUGUGUGAGCGAGAUAGAGAGUGUGUGUUUGUUUAACCACCUUUAUUUUUUUAGUGUAAGAUGACUCCAUGCUCUUUACCAACAUCCUGCUUCACACCUUCAUAGCUGGAAGUUUGCCAGAGCAACCUCAAAACUCGAGGCUAUCACCAACAUCUGUGGGUCUGUGUGUCUGUGUCUGUGUGUCUGUGUGUGUGUGUGUGUCAUCCACCCAAUAGAAAAACGACAAGAGGAAGGUCAACUGGACGGACCCCGAAAAGAAAACAGACAUAAAAGAUGGUCUCUUUCUUUGACUUGCCCUUCUUUAAACGUACAAACACACACACGUUUAAGCAAACACACACCUAAAUGCCCCCCUCUUCGACUGUCAAGGAAGGGUGGGGUAACCUUGAGCAGAAUGAAAGGCAGCCGCUAUCUUGUCAUCAGCUAUUUCCGGGCCCCAAGGCUCCCGCUGAGGAGCGGAGCCACGGGGGAGAGAGUGUGAGAGAGAGACAGAGAGUGAGAGAGGUCCACGUCCAAUUAUCAGCCCUGUCAGGGUGACGGGUGAUAGAGGAAGAGGAAGGGAAGAGAUGGGAAGAGAGUGAGAAAAAGAGAAGGACCAGCCCGCCUCACCUUCCCUCCCUCAUUUCUGCCUUUGUCCUCCUCCUCUGACUCACCCUUUGACUCCUGACUUCCGUCUCCUUUUGUCUCCACCUCUCCCUCCUUGCCCUCUUUCCAUUUUCUUCCCUCCUCCACCUCGCCUCUUCUUUGUCACUCUCUCGUCUUUGCUUGCGCCUACCCCUCCGCUCCCCCCUCUCUCCCCCCUCUCCUGCCUUUCAAGCUCGGCGGAGGUUAACACGACAUGACGACAGGUUAAUACACUCUCAUUUUUUUCUCUCUCUCUCUCUCUCUCUCUCUCUCUCUCUCUCGCUCUCUCUCAUCCUCACCCCACUGGGUAGAGAGAGGGAGAAGAAUAGAGGCAAGGUACAUAAACGCAGCCAUUACAGCCUGCUUAAGUACAGGUGGAGGUGAUGAUGGAGGGAGGGGAGUAGUUUCCUGUGUUUUCCCUCACUACAUUUAUUUCCUUUCUCGUUCUGUCUCAGCCCGCCACGGCGUGUUUCCGUACGUCUGAAUCAAAGCUUGCUGCCAAUGAGAGCGAGCUUCGGUCGUGACUCAUUAGGGAGGCCUCGUUGACCUGAUCGACUUGUGCUUUUGUUCUGUGGUCAUGACCGCCCUGAACAGAUAAUAGUCGAGGUGGAGAAAAGUUUUGUAAGCCCGCAACCCCUCACUGUCAGUGCUGUGAUUUUAUUUGUAAACGCCAUUAAACUCACAACCUUCUCGUACGAAUGAUUCAAAAUCAGCGAGGGGAAUCUCUGAUGUACAUUUGCACCACUUGCUAUUGUUUAUGUCUCUGAGUAUUUCAUGUAAACAUACACACUGUGUGGGAUUCCUUUAUGCAGCUUAGUGUUGAUACCCAUUCUGAUCCUGACUGUGUCGUUCUGUCAUUGCUGUAUUCUCUUCAAGGUUUUUUUAGUCGAGGCAUCCAAACCGCCACCAGCCUGGCUCAGUCAGCAGCAAAAUCUAAGUAGUGAGAGUGACAUCUAGUGGUGUUUUUCUGUUGUUGUUUCCCCUGUGCUGCUCCCACCCAGCCCCCUGCUCUGCCAGCAUCCUGUGCUCCGGUGAGGGUACGGUAUCAAAUCAAACUGUCUCACCGUUGGAAGUGUAAGAAUGAGACCUUCGGUGGAGAUGAGGCUCUGACACACAGGCAGAUUUACACAAGAGAGAACUUGACCCGCAUUGUGACCAAUUUCUACCCAUUUAACAGGUCUUUAAUAGGUCGAGGAUAUUGGCCAAUCAGUAACGCUCAGUCUUCACAGCUGUCAAAGUGAUAUUUUUUGUUUUAAAGAUUUAAAGCUCCCCAAAACUUAAAUGACCAAAAGUAAAAGCAACAUUCUUAGUAACUUAUUGAGAGUUACAGCAAAAAAUGUGGUUUGUUCAGAUUUGAUUGACAGUGACCAGAUUGGGAUUCAGAUGUUUGCUAAAUUAUGAUUGGUUCACUGAAGCAAGCAACAUUGCCUUUUUCUAAAUGAAGCCUCCACCUACUUGAAGUCAGAGCACAAAUCCAGGAAGCUCUCAUGUGAAAUAACCAAAACUGCUCUAACUUUGCCAGAAAAUAUUUGUGACUCUCAGUAAAAAGCUGAUCGAGAAAACGGGGCCUUUAAAUGAUUUGUGUGAAAGGUAGUGUCCCAGCGUCUCCUCUAACACUGAGCAGGUAUGGUUGGGUCUCCCUUUCAAAGACGACAGCACUAAAAAUAUUUUAGUAUCUCAUGUUUCACUGGAGUUUUUAUGUCCCAUGAUGGUCUGCAUGUCACUUUAAAGGCUUUUUCAUCACGACGAGAAUACAAUUCUGGGAGACAUUUACUUUUUAUGUCAUGACGAUGACAAAAUAUAAAGAUAUUGCUCCUGUAUAUUAUUUGCUCGUGGCAUUAACCUUUUAGGGCCCCCUAUUGACCACCACCUAUAUCAGCAGCUUUAAUAUGCACCCAGAGAACAACUUCUUCUUUGUUGGAAUAGUAUCUGGCCCCAGACUUUCUGCCUGUCACAUGGUUUGUGCUAAUCUAAUUAAAUGCAACUUUAUUUAGAAAGAUAAACAGCGUAAUUUAAAAUAAUAAUAAAAAAAAGGAAUUAAGGGCAACGAGAGAAGGAACAACAGGGCAACAACAUUAGUUCAUAAAGCCUAAUUGACAUAAAAUGAACCUGGGAAUUCUGGGGCUCCUGGGGGUCUGAGGGUCUUGGCCUGUGGCAGCUUUAAUAAAAAACAUUGGACGUCAGUUUUCAGGGACUCAUGUUGCCUGAUUCUUUGUUUACACCUCAACCGAGCGCUGGAAAUCCUGAAUCUGCUUUACCAUGGCAGCAAAGAUCAGACUUUGUGUAAAUCUUGUCUGUGUGUAUCAAAACCGAGAGUCAGUGUUUGUCUUUCAUCAACAUGUGGUACAGAUUGUUUACUGUCUGAGCGUCUGUCAUCAGCCUUCAUAACUUCAGACCUCACACGGUUUGUCAACAACAGGUAACAACACUGCUCGUUGCUUCACACCACGUUUCAUAAUGGCUGCAUUAGCCAUGAAAACAGAUUUGCAGAUUUAUUUUGAGAGAUAAUAAAUAUAAGGCAUGUCUGAAUGGCAAUAUUGUAUCAAAGAGUGUACAUAUGUAUAAAAGAUGUUGACCAAGAUGUGAAAGAGAUCCUAAAAUGUCUAAUUAUGAUGUAAAUUAAAGUAUAUGAAGAAUUGCUGCUAAGGUCUGUAAAUUGCACUUCAGUAACAAAUAAAAAGUGAAUGUUUGUACUGUAUAUGUGAAUAAAACCACAAAAUCUUGUAAUUUUA